GGAACCAACAAAACAAUGUCCUCUGUUGAAGAAAAUAUUUACUGCAUUAAGGACAAUCAAGUUGCAGAACAAGAAGAAAAUACAAAAUCUAUUUACGAAAAGAAAAUAGGGACUGAAGUUGUAUCCCGAAGCAUUUAUUCAUUCUUAGUACAAAUUUCAUCAAGUCAACAUCAUGGCAACCAACUACGAAGGCUACAAAUCACCUCUAUCAUCUCGCUAUGCUAGCAAAGAAAUGCAAUUCCAAUUCAGUGAACAAAAUAAAUUCUCAACUUGGCGAAAAUUAUGGAUUUGGCUAGCUGAAGCAGAAAAGCAACUUGGUUUAGAAAUCACCUCGUCGCAAAUCGAAGAAAUGAAAAAAAACAUUGAAAACAUCGACUUUCCCGCUGCCGCGGCAGAAGAACGUCUCACUCGACAUGACGUCAUGGCACAUGUUCAUGUCUUUGCCAAACAAUGUCCUCUAGCCGCUCCAAUCAUUCAUUUAGGUGCAACUUCUUGUUACGUCGGUGACAACACCGAUUUGAUAAUUCUAAGAAAUUCUCUAGAUUUAUUGCUUCCUCGAGUUGCUUCUGUGAUUUUUUGUUUAAAGAAUUUUGCAGAAACUCACAAGAGUUUGCCAACUCUUGGUUUCACUCAUUUGCAACCGGCACAAUUGACAACUGUCGGCAAAAGAGCUUGUCUCUGGAUUCAUGAUUUACUCAUGGAUGAAAGAGCUUUGAGGAGAUGUCGUGAAGAUUUGAGAUUCCGUGGAGUUAAAGGAACCACGGGAACUCAAGCUUCUUUUAUGACACUCUUCAAUGGCGAUGGGGAUAAAGUUCGUUCUCUUGACUUUCUUGUGACCAAAUUGGCGGGUUUUGAAAAGCCUUACGCUGUCACUGGACAAACUUACACUCGUAAGGUUGAUGUUGAGAUUCUAGGAGCUUUAUCUAGUUUGGGAACAUCGAUUCACAAAAUGUGUUCUGAUUUGAGAAUUCUUGCAUCGCGCAAAGAAGUCGAAGAGCCAUUUGAAUCAACUCAGAUUGGUUCAUCGGCAAUGGCUUAUAAAAGAAAUCCAAUGCGUUCGGAGCGUUGUUGUGCCUUAGCGAGACAUAUGAUUACUGUUUAUAUGGACGCAGCUAAUACACAUGCAACCCAAUGGUUAGAAAGAACUCUCGAUGAUUCUGCCAAUCGUCGAUUGAGUUUGUCAGAGUCAUUCCUCUCAGCUGAUGCAGCUCUCCUGACCUUACUCAAUAUUACCCAAGGACUUGUUGUCUAUCCGAGAGUAAUCGAGAGACAUAUUGCUCAGGAAUUGCCAUUUAUGUCGACAGAAAACAUCAUCAUGGCAAUGGUUAAAGCUGGUGGAGAUCGUCAAGUUUGUCAUGAGAAAAUUCGUGUACUUUCUCAUGAAGCUGGAGCGCAGGUUAAACAGUUUGGCAAGGAUAAUGAUUUGGUUGAACGUGUUCGUAAGGAUUCGUACUUUGCUCCGAUUCUUGAUCAGUUGGAUAGUAUUUUGGAUGCGAAAACUUUCACUGGCAGAGCUAGUGAUCAGGUGACAGAGUUCUUGGUGGAAGAGGUGGAACCUGUUUUGAGUAAUUAUAAAGAGGUUUUGAAGAAUAUGGAAACUGUUACAUUAACUAUUUAGAAAAAAAAUUAUUGAAAAAUAAAUGUUAGGAUAUUAUGAAGAGAAAUAUAAUUUCGUUUAAAUAAUUAAUACAAAAAAAUAAUAAAUUUAUAUAUUUUUAUUGCAA